ACUGGAGAAUUCAGGAUGAGUGGGCACAUCCGAAAAACAUUGCAGUAACGUAAAUGUCAUCGCAAGAUUUGUAUCGUUCAUCAACUCGAAAAUUUGUUUUGCAAGAGAUUGUAAUCAGUCGAAAUGGUUAUUAAUAAGACUGAUGAGUUGGACUACGUAUAUUUGACAUUUGGAUGGAUUGAUUACACAUUUUUUACGCUGCUGUUGGGGGUCAGUUUGGCUAUUGGCAUUUACUUUGGAUUUUUUAAAAAACAGGACAAUACGACUGAUUAUUUCCUUGGGGGGAAGACUAUGAACUACUUCCCCGUAGCUAUGAGUAUUCUGGCGAGUCACGUUUCUGGGAUGACGUUACUGGGGGUUCCUACAGAAGUCUACUUUCACGGGUCUCAAUACUUGGCUGUAGUGUUUACAGUUUUGUUUAUGGUUCUGGCGACGAUCUACAUAUUUCUACCUGUUUUUUCUAAACUUCAAAUCCCCAGUGCAUUCGGUUAUCUCGAGGUCAGGUUUGCCCGUCCAGUGAGACUUCUCUGCUCAUUUCUUUACAGUAUCUCUCUGUUGAUCUUUGUACCGAUGGUUGUCUACGUCCCGGCGUUAGCCUUCUCCCAAGUCACCGGAUUCAGCCUUCAUGUACUCUCCCCGAUACUCUGUAUUGUCUGCAUUACUUAUACGACCAUCGGCGGAUUGAAAGCGGUUGUCUGGACGGAUACAAUACAACUGUCAAUCACCUGUGGUGGUCUCUUAGUCAUUAUCGGAUUGGGAAUAAAAGCUGUGGGAGGAUUUCUGGAAGUCGUCAGAAUAUCCGAUGAAGGAGGACGUCUCAUAUUUUUCAACAUGGAUCCGAGUCCUUUUCAGAGAAAUACAUUCUGGGGCAUGAGUAUUGGAAUGACAUUUCAUUUCAUCAGCCACAUGAGUAUCAACCAAGGAUUUGUGCAGAGAUGCCUAGCGGUACCCAGCCGAGGGGACGCGGUGAUUUCGAUUGUCUUCAUGGGAGCAGGAAUGGUGCUCCUGAAGGCUUUGUCAGCAUUCGUUGGACUCAUCAUUUACGCGUAUUAUCACGACUGCGAUCCUCUAGCAAUUGAUGCGAUAGAAAGGAAUGAUCAACUAUUCCCCUAUUACGUGAUGGAUGUGGCUGGACAUUUACCUGGACUUCCAGGUCUAUUUCUAGCUGGAUUAGUCAGUGCAGCUCUAUCAACGAUGAGUGCCAACCUUAAUACGGUAUCGGGGAGUGUGUAUGAGGAUUUUAUCGAGCCGUGGAUCCCUGAGGGGCCGCGAAAGGAAGUCAUCGGGGCGAAUAUUAUGAAGGUAGUAGUUGUGAUAUUCGGCUGUUUGGCUGGGGGUUUAGUCUUCGUUGUUGAGCAUUUGGGAACUGUUUUUCAAAUGGGAAUAGCCUUGAAAUCUCUGUUAGACGGCCCAGUCCUUGGACUAUUUGUCCUUGGGAUGAUGGUGCCUUGGGUUAAAACUCGAGGGGCUAUUACCGGCGCCCUGUUGUCCAUUGGCAUUAUGGCAUGGCUGAUUUUUACAACUCAGUGGUAUCAGUCCCAGGGACGAAUCAGAAAUGAUCCAUUACCGGUUAAUGUGCAUGGAUGUGCUGCACCGUGGAAUGAGACCAUCAUACCAACCAAACCAUCAAUUUCACCCGAUGAUGAACCUUCGAUGAUUUAUCAGAUUUCCUUUUUAUAUUACACACUUAUUGGAUUUUUUUUCACUCUCCUGCUGUCAAUUACUGUCAGCCUUAUGCUUGGGGAAACCGAUAUCUCCAACAUAAAUCCUGAUCACAUUACUCCGUGUAUUCAAAGAUUUUUAGAGAAAAGAAAGUACGCGGAAGUUUCACUCAAGGAUGUCGACACAGGAAUAAUAACGAAUGGUGAAAAAAAAUGAAUCCACUUGUCAUUGUUUGUCAUAUAUAUAUUUUUCUCACACAUUAUCAAUUACAG